AUGACAGAAAUGGAGCAACCCACCACCCACCUGACAAUGAUCAUCUGUGACAUUAUCGUUCCUGUGCACAAUGCAGAAGCAACUCUGGAAGAGACCAUCCGCUCAGCAAUGCGCCAAGUGAUACCAGCCCAUCUGAUCCCUGCUUUCCAAGACAUUACCCUUGUGAUUCAGGUUUGCUGCUUUGAUGAUGGAUCCACGGAUUCGAGCUGGGAUAUCCUGACUCGGUUACAAAAAGAAUACCACACACAAAAGCUGGAGACAGACACUACAACUCCCGACCAAAAGGAUACAAAUAUUCCCAUUGACGCGACACUCCUGAUAGCCAAAAGCAAGGAUGGUACAGGCAGAGGCGCCGGUUAUGCACGCAACCGAGCGGCCGAGUUGAGCGGCAAACACGCAACUAAUGAACAAAAUCCUGCAAAUCGCUUUCUUUGCCUUUUGGACAGCGACGAUCUGAUGCACGAAACACGGGUGGCCGAACAAUGCAGUGCGCUCUUGGCUCUCCCCCCACAAGAGCGACAUCGAACACUCCUGGGAUGCCAAAUUGUGCGCGAUCCUCCGGAUAGUACCUGGCAUUAUUGUCAAUGGGCCAAUGGCUUGACAGACGAACGAUUGUGGCUUGAAAAGUUCAGGGAAGUCACCGUAUUACAGCCAACGUGGAUGUUGUGCAUGAGUCGGUUUCAAGAAUUGAGGGGAUACAUUGAGCCGGACCAGUCCAGCACAACCAGCAGCAGCACCAAUAAUAUACUACGGCUGGUCCAUCCAACGUUUGACACUCCCGAAUCGUUGCGACUCGCCGAAGACCUGCGCUUCUUUCAUGCUCAUUUGCAUGCCCGUGGGUUGCUGCGGUUGCAUCGUCCCGAUGUGCCUCUGGUGACGUAUCGGCAUCGAGCCAAUCAGUCACAGAGCUCUCAAACAUCUCGAAAAUUGCUACUGCAUUUGAGAGCACUGGCCUUUGAAAAGUGUGUUCUGUCCAACUACCAAAGCGACAACGCUUGGUCAACCAACAAUCCACACAAGGGAUCUUUUGUCGUAUGGGGUGCGGGACGCGAUGGGAAAGACUUUGUCAAGGCGCUUUCGGAACCCUGUCGCAAACGAGUCUAUUGCUUUGUGGACGUGGACUCUAAAAAGAUUGAACAAGGAUUCUAUGUCAAUAAGAACCUUAAAAUUCCCAUUGUGCACUUUUCAUUGCUUGCCAAGGAUGCAGAGACACAACGGCAACUUCUGCAAGGAGUUUCCUUUGGAAAGAUUGACAAGGGAAAACCAAAGGAUGUUCCCGAGCGUAAAAAACACAAGUCUGAUGUCAAUAAGCAGCAGUCUGGCUCUGUCGAGACGCCAAUGGCCAUGUCACCAGCCGUUGCGAAAGUGGUGGAUGUCAGCUGCUUCCCCGAGCUUCCUGUAGUGGUUUGUGUCGCGCUCUACAGAACCAACGGGGCACUGGAGAAUAAUGUCAAGAGCAUUUCACGGGAGGAGGGGGUAGAUUUGUGGCACUUCAACUAGCUAGCUAAACUACUCAAGAGGCUUUGUAAAACUACCACACGAAAGCCAAAGCCAAAGCCAACCACCGCUACCGGUAUUGGGGCUACUUAGGAUUUGUUCGACGAUGGUACCAGGUCCUGUACUCUAGUAUCGGUAGGGAUAGAGCUAUGGUACGUGCACAAACCGAU